UUGUGUUGGUAACGUGAAAAAUGAUAAAUAAGCGGCUUCUAGUAUUAUUUUAUAUCAAUGAAGAUUAGUUUCGUGUAUUUUGUUUCAAAACGUUGAUUGUUUAUAAUAAAAGCAGAUUAUCACAGUUAUACUAUACUUUCAAAAUGGUGAAGUUAACACCAGAAAUAAUUCAUCAGUCCUUGCAGUACAUAAAUCCUGCAAAAGAGCGUGAACUAGAUCUUAGAGGUUAUAAAAUUCCACAAAUUGAAAAUAUGGGAGCAACGUUAGAUCAAUUUGAUACUAUUGAUUUGUCUGACAAUGAUAUAAGAAAACUUGAUGGAUUUCCCUUGUUAAAACGUAUGAAAUGUUUAUUACUGAAUAAUAAUCGAAUUAUGCGCAUUGCCGAUAAUUUGCAUGAAAAUUUGCCAAAUUUGGAAAGUAUUAUUCUCACUGCAAAUAAUAUUCAAGAAUUGUCUGAUUUAGAUCCGUUAGUUCAUUUAACUCAUUUAACAACAUUGAGUCUUAUGAACAAUCCAGUAGCAUCAAAGCAACACUAUAGAUUAUAUGUAGCUUAUAAAUUACCAAACCUACGCUUGUUGGAUUUCCGUAAAAUCAAACAAAAGGAACGUGAAGAAGCCAUAGCAUUAUUUAAAUCAAAGAAAGGAAAAGACAUCCAGAAAGAAAUUGCCAAGAAACCUAAAACAUUUGUUCCUGGUGAUAAAUUGAAUGAACAGGAGAAAAAUGGACAGUUAUCACAGCAAGAAAUUCGAAAUAUUAGAGAAGCUAUUCGUAAUGCCAAAACACUAGAAGAAGUUGAAAAAUUAACAAAAAUGCUUCAGUCUGGACAAGUUAAAUCUUUAGUGUAG